AUGGCGUCCUCCUCCUCGUCUCCACUGCUCCUGCUGCUGCUUCUCCCGCUCCUGCUCGCCAUGGCGCGCCCGUGCUCCGCCGUCGACGCCAUCGGCACCUACUGCGCCAAGAACGGCACCAGCGCGGAGACGCAGGCCAGCAUCGAUCAGGUCCUCGCGGCGCUCGUCCCGCGCGCCUCAGCCGCCUACUACGCCACGGCCACCGCCGGCCGCUCCUCGUCCGCGGUCUGGGGCCUCGCGCAGUGCCGCGGCGACGUCCCGCGCCAGGACUGCUCGCUCUGCCUCGCCGCCGCGGCCAAGGAGGUCGCGUCGUCCUGCCGCGGCAGCUCGGACGGCCGGGUCUUCUACGACUACUGCCUCCUGCGGUACUCCACCUCCAACUUCGUCGGCCUCGCGGACACGGGGUACACGCUCAUCCUCCUCAACACCCAGAACGCCACCGGCGUCGACCUGGCCGCGUUCGACCGGGCGCAGGGGAAGCUCAUGUCCCGCGUCGCGUCGGAGGCCGGCGGCGCCCAGAACAAGGGGCUGGCGACGGACACGACGCGGCUAGGAAAUGACGGCGGCGGAGCCAAGACGACCAUCUACGGGCUCGGGUGGUGCACCAGGGACAUCACCGCGGCGGACUGCGGGCUGUGCGUGGCGCAGGCGGUGGCCGAGCUGCCCAACUACUGCCGGUACCGGCGCGGCUGCCGUGUGAUCUACAGCAGCUGCAUGGCGCGCUACGAGGUGUACCCCUUCUUCUUCCCGCUCGACAGCGCCGGCGAGUCGGCCGACGAGGUCGGACAGUGCGACAAGAUCGUCUUGAACUACCCGUGA